AUUACUCCCCGGUAAAUGAGGUAGUGUAUCAUAUGCUAUUAAUAAUUAACACUGAAAGCAAAAAAAAAAAAAAUAAUAGAAUAGAUUAUAGUUUUCAUAAAUACUCAAUGUCGCUGUAAAAAUCGUUGCCGAAACAAAAGCGAUCGUUGUACUUAAUAAAGAUUUUUCCAACUAUAAAAAUAUUGAUUAGAAACAGCAAUUAUUAAAUACUGAACCGUGCGGAAAAAAUAAAGAUAAUUGACACAGGUAUAAUUAAAGCGGUGGAACCAUCUCAAAACCUGAAGGAUUAUCAUAUAAGUAAUUUGCAAAAUGGGUGUAGUUGACGGAUUUAAGGGUGCUGGACUAUUUGCUAAGAUAGCCCUAGUGUUGUUGCUAAUAGCGACGCUGUUUGUGUGGAUAGCCUACACGUGCACUGGCUGGGGAGAGGCAAAGUCUGGUACUGCUGAUGGCACACACAUUGGGCUGUGGCGUAUUUGCUCCGACAACAAAUAUACCCCUGGAUGUUCUCAAACAGACGGCUGGGCAAACGACUGGUUUGCCGCCUGCCAGGCUUUGGUGACAUUCGGAUUCUUUGGUAUAAAUGUGGCAUUGUUCCUCCUUAUAUUGUACAUAUUUGUACCCAGUUGUCAGAAGAAUGGAGAGAUUGCCAUGGCAACAGCCAUCGUUUGCAUUGUCACAGGCGUCCUCUACCUAAUUGGGGUCAUUGUGUUUGCUGCAGAAUUCAAGGACGAUUUCAUAGAUCCUGGAGACUCGAACCCGACCUGGGGAGAUUACGAGCUCAGCUAUUGUUUCGGAGUAUCUGUGAUUGCUCUAAUACUAGAAAUAGUGGCUGGAGUUCUGGCUAUACUUGACUCAAAAAAAGGAGGGACAUCCCCUUCUGCGUGACAGGUUGUUUUUAUAUCAAUAUCUGAUAUUCACAAUAUAAUAAAUCUGGCCAUGGCCUUCUUAUUUUGUCUGAACAUCUCAUACAUUAUAUAAAGACAUAAGAAUGUAACAAUAGGUAAUCAACCAUCCAACAUGUGUACCAUACACACAGGUACCACAAAAACAAUAUUAUGCAAAUAAAUAUAUAAUUCAGACCUCUGGAAUAUCUUAAUGUUUAUUCUCAAAAACUGGCAGAUCUUUCAAGUAUAUUGUUCUAGACUGCAUAAAGAACACACUUGACGGCGUAAAGAAACAGCAUAAUAGAACAACAAGUGUACCAAUACUCACAUUUAGGACAAAUUACUAAAUAAAUAAAUAAAUAAAUAAAUAUAAUUCCAUGGAGUAUAAAAAAUCUCUAUCUGUAUACCUGUCUUAGUUAAAGGGACAUUUUAUCUAAUACAUACAUUUUUGUUAUUUACAUAUAUGCACUUUUGGCUGUUAUAUUUAUGCCAGACCCUCUCGUAUUUCAAAAUUAAGUGCGGAAAAUCUGUGGUAGCAGUUAUCUGUAGCAAUUAUAUGUGUAGUUUUUCUUUGAGAAGGAUUCGCAGUACAUGCAUGUAUAUGUAAUAUAUAUAAUUGUAAUAGUAUUUAUAUAAAAGCCACUUGAUAAUAAACCAAUUGUUUUAUGUGUCGUUCAAUUUUUAUAUGAUGCUCCAGAUUAUAUGAAUAAAACAGAAUAUUUGUUUACUAUCAUUUGUUGAAUAUGGCUUGCAAGAAAGAGAUACCAUCACUGGUUGAAGGUGCGGAUGGGAAUAUCCGCCAAAGCCUUUUAU